AUCAGGUGUGUCUGAAAGGUGUUUGUGUGUGAGCAUACACUCAAGGCCAGAGAUGUUUAUUAGAGCGUUCAAUUGAACAGCAAACUAAGCGUGUUGCUGCCCGUCUAUUGGGAACCACUAUUUACCUGGUGUGAUUUUAUUUGUGUGCGUGCGUUGUGUGUGUGUGGUAGGAGGCAGAAGAGCUUAAAGAGAUAUAGGUAGGGCUCUGGGGAUAAGUUUCAGCCCUGGAUUUCCCUGAGAUGGAGGGUCAUUGUUAUGACCGCUUUGGAGACGGAGAAAGGGACAAUUACCAGAUCGAUUACCGGAGGAUUGUAGGGGACAUGGAGCCGGCGCGGCCUCGCAUCUUGAACAGGGAUGGCGAGCAACCUCAUGCGUUUGGUGCCUACGCUCAUCCUUCACCACAUGGACACGGGCACGAGACUGCAGCCCAGAGAUACAGCGCUACACGGAUCCAAGCUGGAUUUGAACCCGAAAGGUCAUUGAUGGGUGGAAUUGGAAUAAUACAUCAUAACUGUACAGCAGAGUUCCAGGCCAAUGAGGUGCGCAAAGUUAAGAAAUUUGAGCAGGGUUUCAUCACAGACCCAGUGGUGAUGAGCCCCCAACACACUGUGGGCGACGUGUUCGAGGCCAAGAUUCGCCACGGUUUCUCGGGAAUCCCUGUAACAGAAGCCGGCAAGAUGGGAAGCAAGCUGGUUGGCAUUGUCACCUCCAGAGACAUUGACUUUUUGUCUGAGAAGGACCAUGACAGACCCUUGGAGGAGGCAAUGACAAAAAGAGAAGAUUUAGUUGUCGCACCAGCUGGAGUUACGCUCAAAGAGGCUAACGAUAUACUACAACGGAGCAAAAAAGGUAAGCUACCCAUUGUGAACGACAGCGACGAACUGGUGGCCAUCAUUGCUCGCACGGACUUGAAGAAGAAUCGAGAUUAUCCCCUGGCUUCCAAGGACUCCCGCAAGCAGCUUUUGUGUGGGGCUGCCAUCGGUACCCGUGAGGAUGAUAAAUAUAGACUGGACCUCCUAAUGCAGGCUGGGGUGGACGUAGUAGUCCUGGACUCUUCCCAGGGAAACUCAGUUUAUCAAAUUAACAUGAUAAACUACAUUAAACAGAAGUAUCCCGAGCUCCAAGUGGUCGGAGGAAAUGUUGUGACCGCUGCUCAGGCCAAAAACCUCAUAGAUGCAGGCGUGGACGCUCUGCGGGUGGGCAUGGGCUGUGGCUCCAUCUGUAUCACGCAGGAAGUAAUGGCAUGCGGAAGACCCCAGGGUACAUCUGUAUACAAGGUUGCAGAAUACGCCCGUCGUUUCGGAGUACCAGUUAUUGCUGAUGGAGGAAUUCAAACUGUUGGACACGUGGUUAAAGCACUGGCACUGGGAGCAUCAACAGAAAUAGAUCAUGCCAAUGUGACUUUUGCAUUCUAUGUGAACAUGUCCAGUGAGGGAGACAAGGUGAAGGUGGCCCAAGGCGUCUCAGGGUCGGUCCAAGACAAAGGCUCAAUUCAUAAAUUUGUACCUUACCUCAUCGCUGGCAUUCAGCACGGCUGCCAGGACAUAGGAGCCAAGAGUCUGUCAAUUUUACGCUCAAUGAUGUACUCGGGGGAGCUGAAGUUUGAGAAGAGAACAAUGUCUGCCCAAAUGGAAGGAGGAGUUCACGGCCUUCACUCGUAAGUCCAAACUCCCGAUGCUGGUGGCCUUUUCCUCUUUAACUUGACCUAACUUCUAUACUCUACUCCUAACAUAAGGCCCGCUGGCCAAAACUGGCCCGCUAGAGGUGCGACAAUAUGGCCCACUUGAUGAUGUUAGUUACAAAAUUGUAAAAAUAUAUAAUGACAUUUCCAUUUUUUUCCUCUCUAAUAAACUCGUUCAUGUUUGCAUGAAAACAAAAAGAAAAACCGAAAAUCAAUUUGACACCACUGCACUGCUUGAUUGACA